AUGAAAUUGAAGAGACAAGUGUGUUGUUCAAAGGUCCACAAUCAAGCUAAUUUGGUUUUCGAAAAUAUAGUAUCUUUUUAUUUUAAAACGCGCAAAAAGAGAAAGAUGAAUAGAUUACUAGUAGCAAUAGUAACAUUGUUAUUAAUAGUAACUACUACUACUACUACUAUAGUUUCAUCAACAUCAUGUGAUUCUAUACAUCUACCUAGAGAUAUAAAACUACAUCAUUUAUAUCCAGACAAGGAAUUAUAUGAUCAGAUUAUAUUACCACAAUCAAGAGAUGCACCCAAAGGUGAUGCGAUAGGUCAUAUAAUAGAUUCAUCAAAAUCACUCUUUUAUCAAUUACAUAAUCUACAAUCAAAUACUUUAUACGCUAUUAGAAUUUCUCAUACUGCUUCUAGCCCAGCAGAUUAUAAAAUUAGAUUCUAUAAUCCAACAAAUAAUAAUAAUAAUAAUCAAAAUCAAAACAAAAAUUAUGAUGAAUUAUUAAAAAAGAAACCAACAUUUCAAAGAGAUAUAUUAAAUACAGAAAUUAUUAAAUUUAAAACAGAUUCAAAUGGUGUACCAUUUGAUAUAAAUGGAUGGAAUGAUGGUCAAUGUAUGAUUCUAACAAUUGAAUCUUUUAAUACUGGAAUUACACCAAUUAAUAAUAGAGAUGAUAAAGAUAUUAGAUUGGUAUCAUUUAAUUUAAUAAUGGAUACUGAAUUGUUUGGUGUACCUCCAGAAAUACCAAAAAUGUCCUCGUAUUUUUCUUUGUAUUUAUAA